CUCAGUACCUGACCUACUGGCAAUAACUUGUCACACUUGUUCUGCUACAUUACUGCACCACAAUCCAUGAUCCACCGACACCGACACCGACACAGACACCAGAUUUCAUCAUCCAACUCCCUGCUACUCCGUACCAACAUUACACUACUUCGCUCAACAUCAGCUCAACCUCAACUUUGAACUUGAUUGAAAUUCCACCCUUGCUCCCUCUGCUCUCUCCGAAUGUCAUAGCCUGUGAUUACACCGUCAUCUCUCAUCCACUACAGCCAUCUCAAUCCCAGCCUCGAUCCAUUGCACCAAUCUAGCCUCGAAACCUCCAUCCCAAUCCUCUCACCACACCCUCUGCCCACCGAGCGCUUCCUGCCACUCAACCACACCACGUCUAUUUGACCAUGUCGGAUUAAUUACACCCUCGCUACCUUCUGCAUCACGUCCUCGGUCUUGACCCCAAGCCCCCCGAAUCCACCUCCUCUAUUGCUUCUCAGACUCGUCCUGUCGACGCGGAUGUGAUAGUCAAUCCACCCGCCUCGGUCCUUGUCAAUCACAACACCUCUGCAUCCAUCCGCUUGCAACAUUGAUGAUAGCUUCCUCUUCAUCACCCGCAACAUGAAAGGUUUCAGAGCACGAGUGCAUGAACAGCUCGCUCGAGCCAAGGAUUCCAAAAAUUCUUCAAAGAAGAAAGAUUCCAAUUCUGGCACAGCCUCUCCUCUCUCAUCCUCUACAACCUUGGCCGGAGCCGAUUCCCGCUCCCCAAGCAACUCCAAUGCCGCCACACCUACCUCCUCUACGACCGCUCUCAACGACAUUCGAGGCAAAAAUACCCCCAAUGAUACUGGCUCCGUGGGGCCCCAACAUGGCGGUUCGUCCAGUACCGUCGCACAGCAUUUCAUGCAGCAAGGCUCGAGUCAUGGCCCCACGUCAACCACCACACCUGGGAGACCUGGAGGGCAUAUGAACCCAAGUGUCAUCAUCAGCCCAAGCGCGCCUCAUGUCCCUGGACCUGGUGCUACCGAAACCAUGCCUGGUGAUCUCGCUCCUCCCAAGGCAGGGCAGAAAUCCCUUUUGUUCGAUCGACUGCAAGCCACACCGAAAGAUGUCCCGGAGGGACUUCGCACUCCCAAAAGACAGCAUUCCUCACGCUUUGAUAUUUCAGAUCAGCGAUCACGCGAGUUGGAAAAGCUGUCCGGUUUCCAUGAAGUACCGCCCAAUCGAAGACAAGAGCUUUUCAUGCAAAAGAUCGACCAGUGCAACAUCAUCUUUGACUUCAACGACCAGACUGCGGACAUGAAGUCAAAGGAGAUCAAACGCUUGGCCCUGCACGAAUUGCUCGACUACGUUGCUAAUAACAGAUCCGUCAUCACGGAGCCCAUGUAUCCCAAAGUGGUCGAGAUGUUCAGCAAGAACCUCUUUCGGCCUGUGCCUCCCCCGGUUAACCCCCAGGGAGAGGCUUUCGAUCCCGAGGAAGACGAACCUGUGCUCGAAGUUGCCUGGCCUCAUAUCCAAGUGGUGUAUGAAUUCUUCCUUCGGUUCAUCGAGAGCCAAGAUUUCAACACCAACAUCGCCAAGACCUACAUCGACCACCAUUUCGUCCUGCAGCUGCUUGAGCUGUUUGAUUCCGAAGAUCCGAGGGAAAGAGACUUUCUUAAGACUACCCUUCACCGUAUCUAUGGCAAAUUCCUGAACCUACGCUCCUACAUCCGUCGAUCCAUCAACAACGUCUUCUUCCAGUUCGUCUACGAGACCGAGAGAUUCAACGGCAUCGCUGAACUGUUGGAAAUUUUGGGGUCCAUUAUCAAUGGUUUCGCACUCCCUCUCAAGGAAGAGCAUAAGCUGUUCUUGACCCGUGUCCUCCUUCCCCUUCACAAAGCAAAAAGUUUGAGCAUGUAUCACCCGCAGCUCGCAUAUUGUAUCGUUCAGUUCCUGGAGAAAGAUGCCGCCUUGACCGAGGAGGUUGUCCUCGGCCUGCUCCGAUAUUGGCCCAAAACAAACAGUACCAAAGAGGUCAUGUUUCUGAAUGAAGUGGAAGACAUCUUCGAGGUCAUGGACCCUCAAGAGUUUGCCAAAGUACAGGAGCCGCUGUUUAACCAGCUCGCCAAAUCCGUGGCCAGUCCCCAUUUUCAGGUCUCUCCCGCCCAACCUCCAAGUCCGACAGUCCAUACUGACGCGAGCCAGGUCGCUGAAAGAGCAUUAUAUUUCUGGAACAACGAGUAUUUCUGCAACCUCGUCAGUGACAACGUGGAGACCAUCUUGCCCAUCAUGUUUGCUCCUCUCUAUGAAAACUCAAAGGGCCAUUGGAACAGGACUAUCCAUGGUAUGGUGUACAACGCAAUGAAGCUGUUUAUGGAGAUCAACCCUCAAUUAUUUGACGAAUGCUCCCACGAUUAUAACGAGUUGCAAAAUACCGCUGCCCAACGAGAAAAAGCGCGACAGGCCAAAUGGGACAAAUUGGCAGAGACAGCAAAGAAGGUCAAGGCUGGAGCCGCUCCGAGCAGCAAACCCGCCUCGAUCCGGGAAGAGGCUGAGCCGGACGCGACACAAGACAAUCAGGCAAGGCUAGAUGCGCUCAAGCUACACGAUGAAGCAUCCACGACGAAGACGAAUUCGGUAAGCAUGUUCAGCACAUGAGGCGAAGCAGUUAGAAUAAGUCCCCGUCCUCCUGAUCUCUCCAUCCAUCGGUUGGCUAAGACAUUUCUUAUCAUUAUAGUGACGUGAGGAUGAUCUUUUUCUGACAUGGCUUUCGAUUCUCCAGAGACGGCGUGCGGACUCGCAAGGACAGACCCGGCCUCGCCGGUCCAACAGCAGCUCUGACGGCAGAACCAGGAGGUCCCGAGCCCAUUCAGGAUCAAGUUCUGGCGAACAUCGGGUGGUGAUGCCACACACCCUGCGACACGGCAAUUCUACAGCUCAUAGUGGAUGAUGACACUGUCGGGUCGAUAUCGGAACCUCUGCAACCUCGGCAAUGCCGGUACUGAAGCGAGCGUACGGACUUGGCCUCUGGCAGGCGACGACCUUUGAUGAUUUAGUGUGUGCUGGACCAAAUUGUGGCCAGUAUGGAUCCAGACGGAAGCGACAGGGUACAAAAGAAGCCACAUUGGCCCAUUUGGGGGAUAUUGGUUGACAUUAGAUCACGAGGAGGGCUAGACAGUCUGCCUCUGUAUGAAGACACGAGCGGUGCAGCUGGCACAGCAGCAUGAUUUAAUUUCUGAUUUCAUCAUAUCGUUGACCCGCGGAUGUUGUAGUGAUCAGAGAUAACUGCAGUUGCUUGACGAAAUGAACCAGUCCGUGAGUACCUCCUACCUCGAC